UCAUAUCUACAAUCGGUCGCUGUGAACUAGGCUAGGAGGCCAAGGGCUUGAAGUUGAGGAAAAUCGAAAACAAAGAAAUGGCUUCUCCUUCUUCUACGACGAAGUUGCUUCAACUGAGAAGGCUUUCGAGAGCUCUCAAACCUCCCCUUCCUUGUUCCUCAAUUCAAAGAUCAUAUAUUUAUUCUUCUACGUACCUUCCGGAAGCUUCGAACAGUUCUCGCAGACCUACUCUCUCACCCCCUUCUAGAGGCUUCUGCUCUCGCCCUCUGAAUCUCGAACACGAAGGCCCAUCCCCCAUUGAUUACAGUUCUCUAGUGCAGGAGGAUGAAUUUCACAAGCUGGCUGAUUCCACAAUACACGACCUGCUAGAGAAAUUAGAGGAAUAUGGGGACUCCGUUGAUAUUGAUGGUUUUGACAUUGAUUAUGGGAACCAGGUUUUGACCGUGAAGCUUGGGACUCUGGGCAACUAUGUGUUGAACAAACAAACACCAAAUAGACAGAUUUGGCUGUCUUCUCCAGUGAGUGGUCCAUCCAGGUUUGACUGGGAUCAAGAUGCUCAAGCUUGGGUUUAUAGGCGGACAAAAGCAAAUUUGGUGGAAGUUUUAAAAAAUGAGUUGGAGCACUUGUGUGGUCAACCCAUCAAUCUGUCUUAAACUCUUGUAAUUGCUGAUUUAUGAUGUAAAUUUCUUCUUUCGGAUUUCAUAUUGGUGGUCUGUGAUUUGGUUAUUGACUGGGUUGUAUUGUUUGUGUUGCUGUUUUUUUUAUUUAUAUUUACGUUAAUAAUGGAAUUCCAAUAAUAUUUCCCUUUUUUUGGAUUCCAUUUUACUAGUGUUCCACCCGUGUUAUAUACAAAUUGUAUUUAUAAUUAUUUAUA